AUGGAGAGGAUGACAGGAUUCUUAUAUGCCAGACCUCAAAAGGUAUUGGCACUUCAGACCACAUGCAGUCCCAAAUUCCUGGGGCUGCAACCCCAUGACGGGCUUUGGCCCCUAGCCAACUUUGGCCAAGGCAUCAUAAUUGGGGUAAUUGAUAAUGGAAUAAAACCUGACCACUUGUCCUUCAAUGAUGAAGUGAUGCCAACACCACCAACCGAAUGGAAAGGAAAAUGUCGUUUGAAUAGCACCACCUGUAACAAGAAGCUUAUAGGUGCAACCAAGAUAUCUUUGGGCAUGACUGGAUUGCCUGUCGACGUGAGAGCACACGGAACACACACCGCAAGCACUACUGCUGAUGCAUUUGUCAGCGGUGCCAAUGUUUAUUGCCAAGCUAAUGGCACAGCAACACUUGGCCAUUUAUCAAGCUUGUGA